UGGGCGCGGGGAGACAGGUGGUGGCUACGACGGCGAAGGGAGCUGAGACUGUCCACGCAGCCAGGUUAGGCCAGGAGGACCAUGUGAAUGGGGCCAGAGGGCUCCCGGGCUGGGCAGGGACCAUGGGCUGUGGCUGCAGCUCACACCCGGAAGAUGACUGGAUGGAAAACAUUGAUGUGUGUGAGAACUGCCAUUAUCCCAUAGUCCCACUGGAUGGCAAGGGCAAGCUGUCCAUCCGAAAUGGCUCUGAGGUGCGGGACCCACUGGUUACCUACGAAGGCUCCAAUCCACCGGCUUCCCCACUGCAAGACAACCUGGUUAUCGCCCUGCACAGCUAUGAGCCCUCUCACGACGGAGACCUGGGCUUUGAGAAGGGGGAACAGCUCCGCAUCCUGGAGCAGAGCGGCGAGUGGUGGAAGGCGCAGUCCCUGACCACGGGUCAGGAAGGCUUCAUCCCCUUCAAUUUUGUGGCCAAAGCGAACAGCCUGGAGCCCGAACCCUGGUUCUUCAAGAACCUUAGCCGCAAGGACGCGGAGCGGCAGCUCCUGGCGCCCGGGAACACUCACGGCUCCUUCCUCAUCCGGGAGAGCGAGAGCACCGCGGGAUCGUUUUCACUGUCGGUCCGGGACUUCGACCAGAACCAGGGAGAGGUGGUGAAACAUUACAAGAUCCGUAAUCUGGACAACGGUGGCUUCUACAUCUCCCCCCGAAUCACUUUUUCCGGCCUGCAUGAACUGGUCCGCCAUUACACCAAUGCUUCAGAUGGGCUCUGUACACGGUUGAGCCGCCCCUGCCAGACCCAGAAGCCCCAGAAGCCGUGGUGGGAGGACGAGUGGGAGGUUCCCAGGGAGACGCUGAAGCUGGUGGAGCGGCUGGGGGCUGGACAGUUCGGGGAGGUGUGGAUGGGGUACUACAACGGGCACACGAAGGUGGCGGUGAAGAGCCUGAAGCAGGGCAGCAUGUCCCCGGACGCCUUCCUGGCCGAGGCCAACCUCAUGAAGCAGCUGCAACACCAGCGGCUGGUUCGGCUCUACGCUGUGGUCACCCAGGAGCCCAUCUACAUCAUCACUGAAUACAUGGAGAACGGGAGUCUAGUGGAUUUUCUCAAGACCCCUUCAGGCAUCAAGUUGACCAUCAACAAACUCCUGGACAUGGCAGCCCAAAUUGCAGAAGGCAUGGCAUUCAUUGAAGAGCGGAAUUAUAUUCAUCGUGACCUUCGGGCUGCCAACAUUCUGGUGUCUGACACCCUGAGCUGCAAGAUUGCAGACUUUGGCCUAGCACGCCUCAUUGAGGACAACGAGUACACAGCUAGGGAGGGGGCCAAGUUUCCCAUUAAGUGGACAGCACCAGAAGCCAUUAACUAUGGGACAUUCACCAUCAAGUCGGAUGUGUGGUCUUUUGGGAUCCUGCUGACGGAAAUUGUCACCCAUGGCCGCAUCCCUUACCCAGGGAUGACCAACCCGGAGGUGAUUCAGAACCUGGAGCGAGGCUACCGCAUGGUGUGCCCUGACAACUGUCCAGAGGAGCUGUACCAACUCAUGAGGCUGUGCUGGAAGGAGCGCCCAGAGGACCGGCCCACCUUUGACUACCUGCGCAGUGUGCUGGAGGACUUCUUCACGGCCACAGAGGGCCAGUACCAGCCUCAGCCUUGAGAGGCCUUGAGAGGCCCUGGGGCUCUCCCCCUUUCUCUCCAGCCUGACUUGGAGAGAUGGAGUUCUUGUGCCAUAGUCACAUGGCCUAUGCACAUAUAAUCCCACCCACAUGUGACACAUAUGCACCUUGUGUCUGUACACGUGUCCUGUAGUUGCGUGGACUCUGCACAUGUGUCUUGUACAUGUGUAGCCUGUGCAUGUGUGUCUUGGACACUGUACAAGGUACCCCUUUCUGGCUCUCCCAUUUCCUGAGACCACAGAGAGAGGGGAGAAGCCUGGGAUUGACAGAAGCUUCUGCCUACUUUUCUUUCCUCAGAUCAUCCAGCAAGUUCCUCAAGGGCCAGGACCUUAUCUAAUACCUCUGUGUGCUCCUCCUUGGUGCCUGGCCUGGCACACAUCAGGAGCUCAAUAAAUGUCUGUUGAUGACUGUUGU